AUGAAAACCGCAACUCUUGUGGUGCUGUUUGCACUUCUCCUCUUUGCAGCAGUCUACGUUGCAGGAUCUGACUCUUACCGUCCAGAUCCUUACAAACCUAAACCUCGAAGACAUUGUCGCAAAAAGUGUGUCUUGCACAAGUAUUUGAGAGGAAAAUGUCUCAAACACAGAGUCGUGGGUCGUAAAAAGUUUUGCGACAAGUAUGCCAUCGUUGGAAAGGGUCGUUGUUUGAAGCACAAGAGAUGGUCCAAGUGUGAUAAAUACAGUAAGGCCUUUACCAAGUGUGUGAAACACAAAUUCAAGAAAUUCUGUGCCAAGAGAAAGACCAAGAAGGUUUGCGAUUCUUAUGGAAAACGUAAAUUCUGUAAGAAAUAUGGAUACAAGAAAUUCUGUGCCAGACACAAGAAGUACAAAAAGUGUGUGGCUCAUGGUAAGAAACGUAUUUGUAAGAAACACAAGAAAUUCCCAAUUAAGAAAUGUUUCAAGAAGAAGAAGUGUGACAAGUAUGUCGAUUCCUAUGCUCCACGUAAAUGUCGUUUCAUUCGUAAAUGCCGUGUCGUUUCACACAAGACUAAAUGUGUUCGACACAAGACCAUUCGUUUCUGUAAGAGACACAAGAAGUUCACAAAAUGUGUGAAACACAAGAAGAGAAAAUUCUGUGCUAAAUGGGCAUUCAAACAAUUCUGUAAGAAACACAAGAAGAUUACAAGAUGUGUCAAACACAAGAAGAGAAGAUUCUGUGCCAAGAGAAAACACUUCCCAUCCAAAUGUAUUCGUAGAAAGAAUUUCAAGAAGUGCAUCAAGAGAUCCAAAGGUAGAAGAGUUUGUAAAAAGUUCAAAUUCACCAAAGGAAAGAGAGUGUGUAAGAAACGUGCUAAAUCCAGAAGAGUUUGUGCCAAGACUAAGAAGAUCUGUAAGAGAAGAAAACAAAGAAAACACAGAAAGAAUAGAAAGUUCAGAAAGAAUAGAAAGAAUAGAAAACACAGAAAGUUCAGAAAGUUUGAUCUUUACAAAUAA